UGGUGGGCGUGGAUCCGGAGCUGAGGUCUUCCUGCUCGGCUGAACACGUGGUUCCGUGUCCGCCUUCAGUUCCUGUCGGUGUGUGGAGGGUUCCAGUCCUGCCUUCAACUCUUUUUUUAUUGCUUCUUAACAGCUAGAGGAGAUCUUCUGCUGCUUUUUUUGUUUGUUUGUUUUUUGUAGCAACACCGUCUCCUCCUCUUCCUCCCCGUCUUGCCACACUUGCCUCCCCCACCCCUCCACUCCUCUUCCUCCUCUCCUUGCGGCGCCUCCCGGGACUCUUCCUCCGCCAGGCCGCGGUCACUUCAGCGCGGAUUCGUUCCGACACGGAGAGACUCUGUGUGUGUAUGUGUGUGUGUGGAAGAACCUGAACGUGAUAAGAGCGUGUAUAUCCCCCUACCCCCCUCCUUCACCACUUCCUCUUCCUCCUCCUCCACUAUCAUCCUCCUUCAUUUGUUCGGUCAUGACGCUGGAAGCGAUCCGCUACCGGUCCGGGUCUCUGCAGAUCCUCAACCAGCUGCUGCUGCCACACCAGACCGUGUAUGAAGACAUCCGCUCCGUGCAGGGCGCCUACGAGGCCAUCAAGUCCAUGAAGGUGCGCGGAGCUCCAGCCAUCGCCAUCGUGGGCUGCCUCAGCCUGGCCGUGGAGCUGCGGGCGGGCGCCGGGGGCGACGACCCCGUCACCUUCAUCAGGGAGUCUCUGUGUCACCUCACUUCAGCCAGGCCCACCGCCGUCAACAUGGGCCGAGCCGCCCGCGAGCUGAUGGAGUUCGCUGAGAACGAGAGCAUGGAGAAGAACUCGGAGCAGCUCAGGGAAAGUGCCAUUUCAUGGAUCGAAGACAUGUUGCAGCGUGACGUCAAUGACAACAAGAAGAUCGGUAACUAUGGAGCCCAGCACAUCCUGUCAGGCGUCCCGAGGGACUCUGUCACCGUCCUCACGCACUGCAACACCGGGUCGCUGGCCACGGCCGGAUACGGCACGGCGCUCGGCGUGGUGAGGAGCCUCCACGGCCUGGGCCGGCUGAAGCGCAUGUACUGCACGGAGACGAGGCCGUACAACCAGGGCUCCAGGCUGACGGCAUACGAGGCGGUCGCAGAGGGCAUCCCUGCCACGCUCAUCACAGACAGCAUGGCGGCCCUCACCAUGAGGGAAAUGGACAUCACAGCUGUGGUGGUGGGUGCUGACCGAGUCGUCGCUAACGGUGACACAGCCAACAAGGUGGGCACGUACCAGCUGGCCAUCGCCGCAAAGCACCACGGGAUUCCUUUCUACGUGGCUGCACCCAGCACGUCGUGCGACCUGAGCCUCGAGAGCGGGCGGGACAUCAUCAUCGAAGUGCGGCCCCCUGAGGAGCUCACCAGUAUAAACGGAGUCCCCAUCGCGGCGCCUGGUAUCGAGGUGUGGAACCCGGCGUUUGACGUGACGCCUCACCAGCUCAUCACAGGAGGCAUCAUCACUGAGCUGGGGGUCUUCCUCCCGUCGGAGCUCCAGGCAGCGCUCACCGGCCGCCUCACCGCUCUCUAAAGCGACCUCCCAGCGCCCCCUGCUGGCUCCGGUGCACCACUGCACAUUCACGUCACGUUCUUCUAAAAGACACUCUUGUCUUCACUGAGGGUGCCCAAUUUGUGGGUUUACUUUGGUUUAAAUCGAAUCACAGUCACUGUAACGUGUCAGUGGUGCACUGUCUGAAAAUAUUUAGUCUCUUUGCCAACUACAAACAAAAACGAAAACAAACAAACAAAAAAGGGGGGAUUUUUUUUCACUGCAGGGAGUUGAGAAGAUGUGUGCAGUCUCUCCUUACUUUAAAAUCCUUUUUCUGUCAUCUUCAUGUCUCAUUUAUUCCAUGAUUCAUUUUCUGUUUUAUUUUUGUUUUUUUCUUUUCUUCCUUUUUAAGUCUUUCAAGCUUCUGCAGCCAACAGAGCUCAGCUGGACUAUAAUUCAAUUAGGCAAAAUAAGCUUCUAGAGUCAUAGCUGAGGCAAAUGAAAGAAGUAAAAUAAAACAAGGAGGACGCGACUUUUUCCAUAACAUAUCAGUCGUGAUUUCCAGAAUGCUGCUACCUACCUGUAAAUAUCUAUUCCCUGCCGGUAGUGUAAAUAUGUAGAAAACUAACCUCUGCUAGUAAAAAAAAAAAAAAAAAAGAGAGAAAAAAAAGGUACUGCUAUUUUAACCAAAAAUAUGGUUACUUAAAAUCAAAUUUGCCACUUAAAAUGUUAUAUUAACAUUUAAUUUCAGUUAUUCAGUGUAGAACUUUUUCACUAUAACUAAUUGAAAUUAAAGAUCGUAGAUGUUUAUACACAGCUUCUCUUGGUAAAAUAAUUUCUUUUUUAUUUUUUUUAUUUUUUCUUUUAACCGGUGUGUUUAGAUAUUUGAACCAAUCAGUUGAAGCCUUUUUCAGGACAUGGCAUGUAUUUAUACCUCACUUCAUGUCUUCAUCUCACCGACUGUACUGUAUUAUAUCACACAUGUAUACUUGCAUAAUACCUAUAAACACACACGUCCUCACAGACGGCGUUACUCUAGAGACACAAACACUCUGAGACUGAGGCUUUUUUUUCAUAUAAUCCCAACCUUUUAAAGGAAUAGUUCACUCUAAAAUGGAGGAUUUGGCUCACCACCACUUCACCUGCGACUUCUCGUCAAAUAUUAUUUGAUUAUUACUCGUGAAUUAUGUGCAGUCUGGUUUUUUUACUAGGUAGCCAAAAAAAAAAAAGAAAACAGCCAUCUGUGGCUUUAAUUUUAAUUUUGUCCACUGGUUUCUGUGUUUCAGCAUAGUUUUGUACUUUAAUGCCAUUUCUCUGUUAUGCUUUAUCAUUAAAGACAUUUUUAAUGCAAAGUUCUAGUAUUAGUAGAGAUUGGCAGAUUAGUCAUUUUCCUCAGUUCAUUAAGGUCUGACCUGCCAAUUCCAGUUCUUACUGAUUCUUUUUUUUAAUUUUCUAAAGACUCUAAAAAUCAAAAUUUAAAAACCUAUGAAAAGUUUGUAUUUUCAGAAAGCGUAGAUUUUAAUCCAAUUAAAAUUGAAGCAGUUGCCAGCAUUUAUUCACCAAAGCUGAUAUUCCCUAACCUUUCAUCUGAUUUUAGUCUAAAAAAAGAACUUCUGUGAAUGGAUGUCCUUUUUGUUUGCUUCUAUAAACCGAAAAUGGGGAGAGAUUCUAAUAAACAGAUGUCUGAUGGGCAGAUCCACAGGAAAUCUGGGGUUUAUGUGCCCAGCCCAUACACACAUCGACUGGAAUCAAACCCACAACUGUCUGAAUGCGAGUCGACUGCAUUCAAUAAAAAUAAGAAAAGGUUUUGGGUAUUUCACCGUCGAGCAGAGAAAAAUAGUCAGAUUGUGGCAAAUUAAUUAGUGCGUCAAUAAGCUAAUGUUGCAUUUACAAAUUACUAACAAACAUGAUUAAUCAAGAUUAAAUUUGAAUGCAGUUUAAUGGAAAUUAAGUGUUCCUUUAAUACAGCAGUCUGAUCUCUGUUUUAAUAGAUUUUCACUAAUUUGCCCGGAGAGCAUAAAACAGGUGUGAGUGGCAGACGACUCUGUCUUUAUGUGGAUGUGAACUUUUCCUUAAAACCUUUCUUUAUCUUUGUUUUGUUUUUCUUUUGCAGUAUUUGAAAAACAAAAAAAGCAUUGCAACCAACACAGAAACACCAUCUGCAGUCUGAAUGUAAAGCCUCUCUCUUUCUGUCGGACACGUUUCAGUAGGCGGGCUUCAGACUCUCAGUCACUUCUUGCCUUUCUUGUUCACUUCCGAAUGUGCUUCAGCUGUUUGGAUUCGACCCGCCGCUUAAAUUUAACUGAUGUUUUAUUUUGAAGUCAUGUAUAAACCUGAUGGUGUGAAGCAUUGAAAAACGAUCUUUUCCAUAGUUACUGUACGGUAUGUUUAGACUUGGCAUAUUUUCGACAACUUAAGAAAAGUUAGAGAGAUUUGGUAAAGAUAUAUUUACAAAUUUUCUAAUUUUGUAUUUGGCAAUACAGUGAGUGCAUAAUAUUUGCUGACAUUAGUCAAUUUUGAGCUAAUUUACUGUGUUCACCUUAUCAUGAGACCUAAAGAUCUCUGAACCCAACAACUUACCUGACAUGCAUACAUAGAUAUUUUUAACAGUUAUUCAGAAGUAGUUGCAAGAUUUCUCCACUUCCAGAGCGAUUCGGGUGCUGAGACAUCCUUUGAUGCGUUCAGCGAACGCUGCAGUUCCUACCUCCCCCAAAAAGCUGCUCUGUGUUGACAAAGAGGUCAAGAGUUUCAGGUGACUUGUGCUCAGAGGUCAUAAAUAUCAAACAAAGUAGGGAAAGUCUUGGGAAAAUUAGGAAAUUCGGGGUCGGCUUCAAUUUCAGAUUCAGUAUCGUCUCCACGCAUAUAAAACACUGCAGGAAUGAAACGUUUUUCUGGUAGGCUGUAUUUGUAAUUGGGGGGGGGGAGGUUUGUGUAGAUAUAAUCAGUUUCAAUGCAUCAAAAUCAGGGUGGAUGAAAUGAGGAUAAAUAAAAUCUAUCACCUAAUGCCCGUCAGCCAUUUUGUUUCUUCAGAAAGGUUACAUAUAAAUCAUUGGUUGAUUUUGUCUCCACACUGUGAUGUAGUUUAUAGAAGAGGGGAAAAUGCUAUAUAUAAAUAUAUAUAUGACAGUCAAACACCGCAAAGUGAAGCUUUUAUUUUAACAGCUUGUGCUACUUUGUCUAAUCCAGUGUUUCCCAACCCUGGUCCUCCAGGCUCACUGCCCUGCAUGUUUUAGGUAUUUUCUUGCUUCAGUCCAGAUGAUUUCAAUUGAUGACUGAUUAACAGGCGUUUGUUGAACUGCAAUCAGUUGAAUCAGGCACAUUAAAGCAGGGAAACCUCUAAAACAUGUAGGACGGUGUGCCUUGAGGACCAGGGUUGGAAAACACUGGCUCUAAUGGAUUGCUAAAAGGAAAAACAUGGGAUCACUUGUUUGUUGUUUUUGUUUUUGCAAAUGAUUUGAACAUUGCAAAUCAUGUCAGAGCAAUUAUUAGAUAGGUUUUCCCUUAAGACGUCAACAUAUCUGAAAGAGGUUGUGGGAAAGAUGCUUUCAGCAUGCAGAAGCUUUUAUUCUUUAUGUCCAACAUAAUUUUAGGUCUCUACGAAGGCUUUUCCUUUCAAUAAAAAAAGAACAAAUAACUCUUCCUCUAAGUUUGCUAGAAGUUGUUUUUGCUAGACUUUUAUAUUGAAAACCAGCCCACUGUAAUGCUACAGGAAGACCAGUAUCAAUGGCUUCAUUAAUGAUUAACACAACAUAUUUUAGACAAUCAGUCUGUUGCUGUUUCACUACACACAACUGGAAAAGGUUUUGACUACAUGUGAACAUUACAUCAUAAAAAAAAAAAAUUUAAAUGGAGGGGGACCUCUAGACCAUAACCCUAAUGUUGUACAUUUUUGCUGUUUUCAUAUUAACUUGCAACUUUAAUUCACCGUUUUUAUCUCCCCCCCCAAAACAAAAGAAGAGGGGAAAAAAAUCCAUUGUUAAUCACUGUAUGUGUCACCUGAUUGAUUAUAUGUUGUUAGAAACCUGUAACGUUGUCUCACUAUGCUUUUCUCUCCCAUUAAAGCUCACACAUAGAGAUGGGUCACAUGCGAGCGUAGAAAACUUUUAAGCAAAUGCUUGUUUUCUGUUCAAGACACGUUUUCUGGGGCGUUUCUAUGACAAUGCUCCACACAUAUGUAGCAGCUAUGAGGCCAUUAGAUCCGUCACAAACAAACCCCUGUCUUUUUCUUUUUAAGCGGUACAAGGUCUCUCCGUCUGUCCACGAUGAUUAUACCCGUCUCACUGUGGUCUGUUUUCAUUUCCUGGUUCUCAUUGUGACUUUGUGAGUAGGCCGUCGGAGCGCCAUGCUGGGGAGGCCCCCUCAGUCAAACGCACUACCUCUCAAGCACCAGGCUGCAGCAGAGCGAGCCGAUUCGAAGAAAACAAACCUGGACUGAAGGUUUUAUCGGAUGUUUAUCCCAAAGUGAAGUGUAAUUUUGUGGCUAGAUUCUGACUCAACUGGACUGUAGGCUAGCUUUCUUUUCUUUUUUGAAACAUGUCCUGAAGCUGCGUCAGUACACUGCAGUGUUUGAUAAACACACUAAGAUGUUCUGGUGCCAAAAAUCCAGAGUUUCCACGUUGACUUCACUGAUUUAAAGUAGCUGCUUUUGUGUUAUGAGAAAAGGAAUUAAAAUAGAUGGAGUGUGGUUCAGAUGGCCUCUUUAAGUGCAAGUUUUUCAUUGUUAUUGAUAAUCACUUGAUCCUGUAUACGUUUGUAACGUGGAAAUGGUUCCAAAUUGGAUUCUUCAUUUUUAUAUAUAAAUAUAUAUAUACGUAUAUGAAUAUAAGGCUGUCAUGAAUGAAAAGAUUUCUCUUUCACAUCAAUACAGAAAAAGAAUAAAACCACAGUGAAAUGGCA